AUGGCUCCAGAGAGAACCACAGGGAGGGUUCUGCAGACUGCAAAGAUUGCUUGCAUAAAGUUUUCACCUUAUCCCAAGCCAGACAUUGGGGAGGCUUUGGAGCUCUGCUUUGCGAGGAAGUCUCUGAGAGGGGGAGCAGGAGUUAUUCACCUGAACGAUGCUAGAGAUGGGAAAUUCCUUUUUUGCAAUGGUAUCAAGGACCUUCCAGAUGUGGUGAUAAAAGAGGCAGUCUUGAUGAAACAUGCAGGCUCCUGGGAGCUCAGGGAAGCUGAGCACUACAGCAAUUUUAUGAAAUAUAUCUAUCAAGCCAACCAUAAGAAGUAUGGGGAGUAUCUGGGGGAUGGACAAGGUGAUGUGGAUCUGGAUCAUGCAGCAGAAAUAGACAAUGUGGAGAACUUCCUAGCCUUUGGCUGUGAGGCAUACAAUGAGGAUAUUAUGACAUUUCAGACUAUGAACACCCAGCUCAAUCAACUUGAAGAGGAAGUGCAAUGCCAUGUUCAUGACUCAUCAAGUGAAUUUGAUGGCUCAUCAGAUUGCAAUGCCAGUGACAGAUAUGUGGAGUUGGGUGUGAAUGACAGCAAGGAUGGCCUUAUGGGUCCAUUUCUUCCCUCUUCCAUUGCUCCCACCACCAUGGAUUGGCCAAUUUUCAGAGAUGAGGGAUACUUGGAAUUGACUGGCCAAGCAAACAUCUAUCACCUGCCAUCUAUGGAUAUCAGCUAUCCUCCUGCAUCUCUGUUUGAUCCAUCAUUGAUCUUUGCACCUCAUGAGAUCGAACAACUUACCGAAAAUACAUGUCACCCGGAACUGGUGAUUUCCACCCACAGCACACAGUCAUGGAUGCCACAUGACAGAGUAUUUUCUGAUCACAUUGCGAUGGCAGGGGACAGGCCAAACCAGUGGGGGGAAGUUGCCAGAGUUCAAAACUCAACCCAGCCAACCAAGCAUGUCCAUUUACCUGUCCUCCCUACUGGCGAUCCCCCUGCAGCCAAUGCCCCAGCAUUAGUCCCUGUCAAUCUCCAGCCAACUGCAACUAUGUGUAUCCCUGACUACAUUGUGAAAAGGCAUAUUCGGGUCCUCAGGCAUACAUUCAAGACCAUCGCUCAAUUAACUCUCAAGGAUUCAUAUAACUUGUGCAUGCCCAUUAAUGCACCACAUACGGCUCAGAUCACUGAGACAUGGAGAACCAGUGUGGAACCCCUCCUCGUCGGAUGGGAUUUUGUCAACAAAGAGGUUCUGCUUCCAACAGGACAAACAGUGACCAGCUUCUUCAACUGCCAUGCUGUGAGCACCAUCAUUCACGAAGCUGUAUUCUUGCCUUGUCACAAACUGUCCUCCAUCAUCCCCCCUGACACAGAAAAUCUCGAUCAUCUUAUUGCCUUCACCAUCACCAUCAUUCGGUGGGGGCUCACAAACCUCAUCAGGGGCUGUGAGGCCGAGUUUGAGGCAGAUGUAUAUGAACCUCACUACAAUAAUGCCCUUCGACAUAUUCAGGACCUUAGGAGCGAGGGACCUAUUACUACACUAGACUGUUUCUCGGAAUUUACUGCUAGCAUUUUGGUGCAUGGAAGGGAACUCAUAGAACACUACUCCCAGUGUACAUAAGCUCAUAAUGAUCUAUGAUGACUGGUACUACACAUGAUAAUCAGUGUUCUU